AUGUCAUCAACUACAGUUGUAAAACCAAGAGUUCCAACACGAGCACGUGGAGAAAGAGUAUAUAAGCCAGGUGGAAAAAAAGAGUGGCGUGUUGUAUUUUGGACGCAUGAAUCUAAUAAACCAAGUAGAAGACAAUGCUCAUUUAGUGAAGCUAAAUAUGGAAAAGAAGCUGCAUCUUUACUUUCACGUGCUGUUUUAGACUAUAUAGAUGUAAAAGGUGUUAUACCUGAUGAUUUACAUGAUCCACCAAUUCUUGAUCCAGCAAAAAAAGAAUUAAUAGAUUAUUAUAGCGCACUUCAUGAGACUAGGAAAGCUUCUCAAAAGAAAAUAAGACAAAGAAGUAAGUAUAAGCAAUCUCAAGAAGAAAGUAUAGUUCCAUUAUAUACACUUACCCAAUCUGCAAGUUUAACAAAUAUAUCGAGUAAGAAAAAAUUACCUUUAUUACAACCAGUAUCUUCAUUAUCUGAUACACUGGUAUAUUUAAUGAAUUCCAAGGAUAAUAACAAUAUGAGUAAUAAAUCUGAAAUUGAAGGUAUCAAAAAUAAUGGUGAUAAUAGUUUAAGUACCACCAGUAUAUUUUCUACUACUUCAUCAACUAGUAGUGUAAGUAAUUCAAGUGAUAAGUGUAGUUUAUCACCUUCAACAUCUCCUAUUUCAAUCGCAACAAAUCAUAUAAUUCGAGGAUCGAAUACUGACAGUGAUAUUGGUUUAGUUGACAAUAUUUAUAAUCCAGGUAUAUUGACAAGUUUUGGAAAUUUAGGUAAUUGCAAUAUUUCAAAUGCAGAGCAUGUAGGUUCACAAUUUCCAAUAACAAAAGGACCAUCAUAUAUUGAUAAUAGUACGAAUGAAAGCCAACAUGAGAAUUUUACAACUAUCGCAAAUUCUCUUCUGAAUAAUUUGAGUAAGAAUGUCCUAUUAUCUGGAAAUAUGAUGUCCCCUCUUAAUUCUUUAAUUAAUCAACAAUAUCCAACAGCAUUACCACCACCAUUACCAGAUAUAUUGUCAAAUAAUCAAUUACCUCUGAAUUCUGAACUCCAAUUAUUUAUUAACCAGACUUUUCAACAACUAUAUCGAAAUCAAUUUAGUUUAAUAAAUAUGAGCAAUUUUCAGCACAUAGCAAUUAAUAAUCUACCUAUUGUAAGUAUUCAAGGAAUAGAUACUUUGAAAACUGAUCAGCAAAGUUAUAUUGAUCCAUUUUUCAAAGUGAGAUCUCCAGCUACUAAUUCAGAUAUGGAACUAACCAAAUCAAAUGUAAACUCCUCACUAAUAAAAGAAACACCUGAUUCACCCAAACCAGUAUAG